AGCGCCGGCGGCGGCGGAGGGGGGAGAGACCCGGGUCAGGCCGGGGCCGCGCAGCGCUACCGGGAACCGGGGCCGCCGCGCUCCGCUCCGGUUCCCGGCUUCCCGCCGGGCCGAGCGGAGCCGAGUUGAGCUGAAGAGAGGCGGGCACCGGCGAUACAACCGGCGGGGCGAGCGCGGGGGCCGCACGCCGACCCCCGCCGCGGGGCUCCAGGGAUCCGGGAGCGGCGGGCGGCCGUCGGGGAUGUCCUACAAGCCUAUCGCUCCCGCCCCCGCUACCCCCGGAGCCGCCAGCGCCAGCCCCGCCCCGCCGGGGCCCGGGGCACCGUCCGCCGCCACGAGUGUCCCGUCGCCCUCCGGUUCCGUCCCUGGCGCCGCCGCCCCUUUCCGGCCGCUCUUCAAUGACUUCGGGCCGCCGUCCAUGGGCUACGUGCAGGCCAUGAAGCCCCCCGGGGCACAGGGCUCGCAGAGCACCUACACCGACCUGCUCUCGGUCAUCGAGGAGAUGGGGAAGGAGAUCCGGCCCACCUACGCCGGCAGCAAGAGCGCCAUGGAGAGGCUGAAGCGGGGGAUCAUCCACGCCCGGGCGCUGGUCAGGGAGUGCCUGGCAGAGACAGAGCGAAACGCCCGCACGUAACGGCAGCUGCCACCCGGGACCCCCCGGGACCUCCCGGUGGUGGCGGCGGGGGCGGGGGGGCCGCCGUGCUGCCCGACCCCCCCCCUCCCCGCGCUCUCCGCUCUUUAUAAAUGCGUGUUUUUAUAAAUAAAGGACAAUGUUGGGA